AUGGCAAAUGCAGGUCUGGGAAAUCAAACAUUCGUCAAAGAAUUCAUCCUCCUGGGAUUUGGGGAUCUGCCAGAACUCCAGUUGUUUCUCUUCCUCCUAUUUCUAGUCAUCUAUCUUGCUACAAUGUCCGGGAACAUCCUCAUCAUGUUUCUAGUUGUGGUUGAUCGGCACCUCCACACCCCCAUGUACUUCUUCCUGGUGAAUUUAUCCUGCUUGGAGAUCUGCUACAGCUCCGCCAUCCUGCCCCGGCUGCUGGCCAGUCUCCUGACGGGGGACAGGACCAUCUCCGUUAGCGGUUGCAUCUCCCAAUUUUAUUUCUUUGGUUCCCUGGCAGCUGCCGAAAGUUAUCUCCUGGCCGCGAUGUCCUAUGACCGGUACUUAGCCAUCUGUAACCCCCUGAAUUACACAGCAUUGAUGAACACCAAAUGUUGCCUUCAGCUAUCGGCUGGUUCUUGGAUAAGUGCUUUUUUGGCCAAUUGCGUCGUGAUCUUUUUGGCAUCCCAAUUAACUUUUUGCGACUCCAACGAAAUUCCCCAUUUCUUUUGUGAUUUCUCCCCCAUCAUGAACCUCUCCUGCAGUGACACCUCCCUUGUUGAACUCGUGACCUUGGUCAUGGCCUUUAUAUUCACACCGACACCGUGUCUAUUAACCUUGGCCUCCUACAUCUUCAUCAUCACCACCAUCCUGAGAAUCCCAUCCACCAGGGGAAAGCAGAAGGCCUUCUCCACCUGUUCCUCCCACCUCAUGGUGAUUGUAAUUUUCUAUGGGACCAUCAUCAUUGUCUACAUGCUCCCGGACACCAGUACGUUGCGAGACCUGAACAAAGUGUUCUCGGUCUUCUACACCGUCCUGACUCCUCUGGUCAACCCGCUCAUCUACACCCUGAGAAACCAAGAAGUACGCAACGCACUGAGGAGAUGGGCGGCCAAUAAGCGGAGAGCUUUUGGGAAGAACUAG